GGCUGGGGGGAGAGAGAGAGCACCAGGAACGGCGCCUGCGCGGUGGGCGUGAUCCGGGCACUUAGGGCAGGAUGAACGCUGCUUUCCAAGAUGGCGACGGAGGGAGGAGGGAAGGAGAUGAACGAGAUUAAGACCCAAUUCACAACCCGGGAAGGUCUGUACAAGCUGCUGCCGCACUCGGAGUACAGCCGGCCCAACCGGGUGCCCUUCAACUCGCAGGGAUCCAACCCCGUCCGCGUCUCCUUCGUAAACCUCAACGACCAGUCUGGCAACGGCGACCGCCUCUGCUUCAAUGUGGGCCGGGAGCUCUACUUCUAUAUCUACAAGGGGGUCCGCAAGGCUGCUGACUUGAGUAAACCAAUAGAUAAAAGGAUAUACAAAGGAACACAACCUACUUGUCAUGACUUCAACCACCUAACAGCCACAGCAGAAAGUGUCUCUCUCCUAGUGGGCUUUUCCGCAGGCCAAGUCCAGCUUAUAGACCCAAUUAAAAAGGAAACUAGCAAACUUUUUAAUGAGGAAAGACUAAUAGACAAGUCACGAGUAACCUGUGUCAAAUGGGUUCCCGGUUCGGAAAGCCUUUUCCUAGUAGCCCAUUCGAGUGGGAACAUGUACUUGUAUAAUGUGGAGCACACUUGUGGCACCACAGCCCCCCACUACCAGCUUCUGAAGCAGGGAGAGAGCUUUGCUGUGCACACUUGCAAGAGCAAAUCCACGAGGAACCCUCUCCUUAAAUGGACGGUGGGCGAGGGGGCCCUCAACGAGUUUGCUUUCUCCCCAGAUGGCAAGUUCCUAGCAUGUGUGAGCCAGGAUGGGUUUCUGCGGGUGUUCAACUUUGACUCGGUGGAGCUGCAUGGUACAAUGAAAAGCUACUUUGGGGGCUUGCUCUGUGUGUGCUGGAGCCCGGAUGGCAAGUACAUCGUGACAGGUGGCGAGGAUGACUUGGUGACAGUCUGGUCCUUUGUAGAUUGCCGAGUCAUAGCCAGAGGCCAUGGGCACAAGUCCUGGGUCAGUGUUGUGGCAUUUGAUCCCUAUACCACUAGUGUAGAAGAAAGUGACCCUAUGGAGUUUAGUGGCAGUGAUGAGGACUUCCAAGACCUUCUUCAUUUUGGCAGAGAUCGAGCAAACAGUACACAGUCCAGGUUGUCCAAACGGAACUCUACAGACAGCCGCCCUGUAAGUGUUACAUAUCGGUUUGGUUCAGUGGGCCAGGAUACCCAGCUCUGUUUAUGGGACCUUACAGAAGACAUCCUUUUCCCUCAUCAACCCCUCUCCAGAGCAAGGACACACACAAAUGUCAUGAAUGCCACAAGUCCUCCUGCUGGAAGCAAUGGGAACAGUGUCACUACGCCUGGGAAUUCUGUGCCCCCUCCUCUACCACGGUCCAACAGCCUUCCACAUUCAGCAGUCUCAAAUGCUGGCAGUAAAAGCAGUAUCAUGGAUGGGGCCAUUGCUUCUGGGGUCAGCAAAUUUGCAACACUUUCACUACAUGACCGGAAGGAGAGGCACCAUGAGAAAGAUCACAAGCGAAACCAUAGCAUGGGACACAUUUCUAGCAAGAGCAGUGACAAACUGAAUCUAGUUACUAAAACCAAAACGGACCCAGCUAAAACUUUGGGAACACCCCUGUGUCCUCGAAUGGAAGACGUUCCCUUGUUAGAGCCGCUGAUCUGUAAAAAGAUAGCACAUGAAAGACUGACUGUAUUAAUUUUUCUUGAAGACUGUAUAGUCACUGCUUGUCAGGAGGGAUUUAUUUGCACAUGGGGAAGGCCUGGUAAAGUGCCGGCAGAGCACUUCUGCAGGCAGGAGGACAGAAUGCGAGGUGUUCCCCAAGACCAGAACUAAAGGUUCCAGACAACUUGAGGAGAAUUGGGCACUGGAGAGGUGUGGGCAGGGCUCCCCCCUUGGACAUGCUUCUGAGUAAUGGCUCCUGCAGACCUGGGGAGGGGCUGAGAAAGGGGCAGCCAUGAGGAUUCCUGAUCUCAGAUGUGUAAAGUACAGUGCCACACUGCUUCCAUGAUAGACACUAAGAGAAAUCUGGGGAGCAUUUUUGUAGUUUUCUCACCAAACUUUGAGCUUCCUUACUGAAAUUUUUCAAGGUUUUUCAGCUUAAAUGAUACCAUGAUCAAGAGUAUCUUUUCUGACCUGACCUCUGGAAUAAAACACAGCAGUUGGCAAGCAGAGGCUGUCACCCACUGCGUUAACACUGCUGUUCACAUGUGCACUGAGCACAGAGACAAAAUGCACAGACCAGGCAUGGGGGUCUUGUCCUUCCCGGCAAGUGGGCAAACUUAGCCCUUGUGCAGCAUCAGAAGCCAUCAGAGCAUGGCAGUGGGGAGCCUGUCUACAUGCUCUGCUCUGGCUUGCUUCUUUUAAACCUUCCAGUGAUUCCAGAAGCCAGGUCUGUGCUGUGACCUUGAAGAGGUUUCUGCACAUUAAUGGCAGAAGCUUGUCUGUGGCUUUCUUGUUUGGGGACAGAGGAAUUAAAACCUGCCAAGAAUGGGUGGCGCCUGUGGCUCAAGGGGUAGGGCGCCGGUCCCAUAUGCCGGAGGUGGUGGGUUCAAACCCAGCCCCGGCCAAAAACCAAAAAAAAAAAAAAAAAACCUGCCAAGAAGUCUGGAAAAGGGAGCCUUUCGGAAACUAUGCCUUCUUCUAAAAGCAACUAUGUAAGAGGGAGUAGGCAGGUACUUUAAAAAUAGCCAAUAACAUUGGGGUCUGAAUUUAAUAGUGGUAAAGAAUCUUAAUCUGUCUUUUGUGAUUGAACCUCCUAGUGGUUUAGAAGUGUUCUGUAAACCCUGAGCUUGGGACUAAGGAGAAAUACCUUAAGAUGGAACAAUGGAGGGGUAGAAAAACAGAAAGAAUUUAUAACAAUGGUUCUUGUCUCAAAAUAUUCAGAAAUUAUGAGAAACAAAGUAUUGUGCUCCCUAAAAAUCUGACCAGUUUUCAUGGGGUUCCAUAUUCUUCUCUACCAUACAGCUUAAUACCCAGUCCCAGUUGGCAGAUAGCCAGGCAGCCUCUUCUCCCCAGGUCCCCUACUUCCUCUCAUGCAUCUUAAAUAUUAAAAACAUAUUAAAGUAUUAGAUUUUUGCUAACGGUAAAACCGCCUUAUCACAUGUCUGCGCCUGAGAACAAGGUCCUUGUCACCUCUUUUUUGGGAGGAGGAUGUUUUAUUUUUUUAUUGAGCAAGCUCAAAGUAUGAGGAGGAAAAGCCAAAGAGUCGGGGAGGGCUGGAGAAGGAAUCCUUUGGAAAACCCAGAUGUUGCAUCUUGCUUAUCUGGUGACCGACAAAGAACUCUAAGCAAAAUUCAACUGUGCAUUUUCCGGUGAAAGAUUGAUGGGGUGCAGCAUCUUGUAUUAUGGUCUCUGGGUUUGACUGAGGCAGUCAGUCAGUGACCCUUGUACUGCCUCCAACACUGAUGACUGAAGGGAGCAGUUGGCCUCUGAAUGUCCAGUGGCACCAUUGUGGUGGGUGUGUCCAUUGUGGUAGUCUCACUCCUCAGCUGUAAGAACUUCUGCGUGUGUAUAGGCCUAACAGGUGACUUGGAGACAUUGCCUCUGGCCUGGUCUGGUUUACAAAGGUGAAAGUUGAUAUGUCUACUGACCUGGGAGCGAGACAAGGGCCUUUCCUUCCAGAGUGUGCCAUUUGCCUUGGGCUGAUUGGGACUGUCACAUGUUGGUUUAGGUUGAUAAGAUGCUCAGCACACUGGCCUGAUGUUCCCAAAGAGAGGAAAUACUCAUCUGGCUAAAGUAAAGUCUGUGGCUCACCAUUGAAAAGCACUUAUAUUAACUGUUACCUUUGAAACUCAAGAUUCCAAGUUAAAAAUUGUAAGAACGUGCUCCUCCAAUAGAGGGAAGCUGUCCCGUCAAUGUUGGUUUUUUAUUCAUUGCUGCAUCUGUUACAUGAACUUCGUGUCAUGGUUAAAUUGCUGUCUCUCAGUUUAAAAAUGUAAAGAAACUAUUUCCUACAUUUUUAUGAUUUCUGUAUACCUGAAUUUAUUAAAGAUUGUUUCAUUAGGUGACACUGUAUAAAAUUGUAUGGAUAUUUACCUUCAGUGAAAAAUCAAAAGUAAAAUGCACAUGUAUUUCCUUUUUUACAUUUUUAUCUAAUUUCUUGACAACUUAAAUAAAUUUGAUGAAGAGACUUCCUAACAUGAACAUUGGUAAAUUAAAUGUUGCAAUAAUUACUGAAGCUUUAAUAUCAGUAUUGUUACUUUAUAAUUUUAAGAAAAUCAUGUUUCUGUUUCACUGCUUUGUUUUUUAGCUGUUCCCUUGUCACUGUCAUAGCUAACCAGACUUACAACAUACUUGAUAAUCUGAAGUACUUUGGGGUUGUCCUCUGUAUAUUGACAUUAAAUAAACAUGUGAAUGAAUUGUAAAUGUAGAUAAGUUUACAAUAGUUGUUGUCACAUCUAAGCUUUAAAAAAAAAUCUCAGUGAACCAAAAAAGAAAAGCACUUAAAUGCUUGUUAAUGUUUGUAGAACAGCCACAGAAAUUGCUACCUCUUAUUAUUGAUUCUGAGUUUCUCAUAAUUAGCAGCUCAAUGAAAUGUCUGUUCUGAGUAUCAGAGAUACUGUUUUUAUGUGAUCUCUUCUAUGCUGAAUCCAGUCUGGCAGAGAGGACUUGAUCAACUUUUAAGCCAAGCUGUAUAAGGCUUCUCCUGACAUUCGGAAGUCAUCCUGGGCUGGGAGCUGGCUUUGGCUCAUAUAGAUCACUAUCCAGAAUCUUGGGCAUCUUGACAAUCACUGACCACUCAGCCAACAGUUGGGAGAGUGGAGAAAACAGCUGGCAGGGUUCUUUCUAUAGGAGCUCUUUUCCUGGGUAGAUUGUGUUGUUUUCCUACUCUUGAUCUUGAAUAGACUUUAUUGGAGGCUUUGUGCUGGCUAUUGAAGAGUUGUCCCUACCUUAGACACCAGGCCUUUGGGCUCCAAUGCAGAAAGGUGCUUAUUUAGGGCAUUGGGAAGACAUCCCAUUUGGGAUGGGAAGAAUCCAUUAUCUAUGUCUUUCUGCUGUGAAAUAUCCUUCACUCUCAACAAAUGUAGCUGAUCUGAACAGCAUCCUGGCACCUGCAUCCUCGAAUGCUUCAAGGCAAGAAUUGCAAUCACCUGUAGGUCCCUGCCAGAGGUGGUGGGAG